AUGGCGAUUGAGGCGCGGCGGGAUCUCUGGCUCGGAUUUCAUGCCACCGAAAGGAGGGACGGGGCUGACGGAGCUGGACCAGCUUCGGCGUCUUCGCCACCGGCGAGAACUUGCUCAAGACGGGCUCAAGACGGUGGGGUUUUGGACCACAAAGACCGGGAUCUCACAGAGUUCGCCGCCGACAGCGGUGAAGGCUUGAAGAAAGUCAAUUUCCGGCGUGGAAGAAUCGACAUGCGAAUUCCGGACGGGUGGGCUUUCUCGCCGGUCGAAGCGGCGCUGGUCAUCGCCGUGCCGGAUGGCGGAGGCGGACUUCACCAUGCCGUUCACCGAAUCGGGUGGUCCAUGGUCGUGGCGGUGCAGGCGCAGGAGGCCACGUGCAUGUUCUUCUUCCUCAAGCCGCUCACGCCUGGGCUCUGGCUCGCCAGCCUCGCCGCCUUCAUCUUCACCGGCUUCGUCAUCUGGGUGAUCGAGCACCGGAUCAACCCCGAGUUCCGAGGCACGCCGCUGCAGCAGUUCGGCAUCAUCUUCCACUACGCCUUCUCUACCCUCAUCUUCGCGCACAGGGAGAAUGUGGUGAGCAACCUAUCCAAGUUCCUGAUGGUCAUAUGGGUGUUCGCCGUCCUGAUCCUGACGUCGAGCUACACGGCCAGCUUGACAUCGAUGCUGACGCACUUCAAAUUCUAG